AUGGUUCGAAUUCCGCGCGACGGCGCGCCUUCAGAAGCGAAUCGCUCAGAAGCAUCUGAUGCCGAUGCUGAGAGAGGGCGGCUACUAUCUGCAAAUGAUGAAGAAGCCGAAGAGAGCUAUGCGGACGCAGAGCGACUUGAGAACUGGCAUACAGAGCACAAGCGUCGAGAGACUCGACGAUGGAGCUACCUUGUCAUGGUAAUCAGCACAAUUGCAUUAAUCACAGUUCUCGCUAUUUGGGUUCACAACAACACACUGUCAUCGGGAUGUGAAUAUGACGGAAGCUGCAAUGACAUUUCCAAGCUCUGGGGACAAUAUUCUUCCUUCUUCUCUGUCCCAUCAGAGAUUGAUUCGUCAACACCGGAUGAUUGCGAGGUGACCAUAGGAAUUGCCCUGUCUCGCCAUGGAGCUCGAUAUCCAACCGCUGGCAAGACUACAGCAUACAGCGCCACCAUUGCUCGCCUCCAGAAAUCAGUAACCAAUUAUGGCAAGGGCUACGAAUGGCUUAAGGACUACGAAUACAACCUCGGAUCUGAGGAUCUGACCGAUUUUGGUCAAGACCAGAUGAUUGAUUCUGGAAAGGCUUUUUAUGAGCGAUACAUAGGACUCGCUGAAAAGACGGAGCCUUUCAUCAGGGCAUCAGGAUCCGACAGAGUUAUCAUGUCGUCUCACAACUUCACACAAGGUUUCUAUGCCUCUCGAGGAGAGUCUGGAGAUGACUACACCGAUGGCAUUCUUGUAAUUCCCGAGGAGCCUGGUAUCAACAACACACUGUCACAUGGAACAUGUAGCUCGUUCGAGGACAACGAUGAGAUAGGUGAUAACAGUGCGCAGACUGCCUGGGGAAACAAAUUCCUGCCUUCUAUUCGGGAUAGACUGAACAGGAAUCUGCACAAAGCCAAAUUGUCGUUACAGGAGACGAUCUAUCUCAUGGAUCUGUGCCCUUUCAACACAGUCAACACUCCUGAUGGUAUAGGACAAUCCCGUUUCUGCGACCUUUUCUCCACAGAAGAUUGGCGAAGCUACGAUUACUACAUGACUCUAGGCAAAUAUUACGAAUAUGGUAAUGGCAACACAAUGGGACCGACACAGGGCGUAGGAUACGUCAACGAGCUUGUUUCUCGAUUGACGAGGAAGCCUGUUAAUGACCACACCACAACCAAUCGCACGUUGGACGCCAGUCCUGAGACAUUUCCCCUGGACAGGGCGUUAUAUGCAGACUUUAGCCACGACAACACUAUGGUGUCUAUUUUCUCAGCAAUGGGUCUGUACAACUCGACAAGCAGGCUACCGAAACACCAUAUCAUACCAGCUAUCCGAGCACAUGGCUACUCAUCGGCAUGGGUAGUCCCCUUUGCUGCGCGAAUGUAUGUAGAGAAGCUCGAGUGCGGCGCUUCAAAUGAAGAGGAGGGGGAAGAAUACGUGAGGGUGGUGAUAAAUGACAGAGUUAUGGAAAUGGAGAGCUGUGGGGGGGAUGAGUAUGGACGAUGUAAGUUGGAGGAUUUCGUGGAGAGCUUGUCGUUCGCGAGGCAGGGAGGACAUUGGAAUAAGUGCGGUGUCAAGUGA